UAGAACAAAAAGAGACUUUCGUGAGAGAAAUAAAAGCCACUAGAGACCCUUACCUUACACAUAUCAAGCCUUCAUUUUCUUUUUCAAUCAAAUCACUACUAGUUGUAUUAUUUGGUCUUCUUCUCCUUAGUCCUCAGUCUCAUCCGCCUCCCUUUUUAUUGCCGAGUCCAUUGCACCGUUUCCAGACCUCCCUCUCUCUCUCUCUCUCUCUCUCUCUCUCUCAUCCCUUUUCUUGAUUUAUGGCCAACAGAAGUGGACUCUCUAUUAACUCAGAUCGGAUCGGAUUCUUCCUCCACCAGGAGCCAGCCGUGAUAAACUCAUUUCCUGAAUUCAACCACCACCACUACCACCACCACCACCAUCCUAAGCUGAAGCUUGAACCCAUGGAAGCCACCGGCACCAUCCAAUUCCCAGUCAACCUUAUGAGCUGCGCCACCCAAAAUGAGGACGGAAUUCCCUCGCCGUCCGAUGACAAACGGACGGUGAUGAUCAGCGAGAUGGACUUCUUCGCCGACAACAAGCGCGGCGAGUCCGAGCCCACCUCUGCCGAUGAUAAAUUGGAUGUGAAUGAAUCCGAUUUCAUCGUGAAUACUGGACUGCACCUCCUGACGGCUAAUACCAGUAGUGAUCAAUCAAUGGUGGACGACGGAAUAUCGCCCAAUUCUGAUGAAAAAAGAGCUAAAACAGAGCUGGGGGUUCUUCAAGCGGAGCUGGAACGCAUGAACGCGGAGAAUCAACGGCUGAGGGAAAUGCUGAACCAGAUAACAAUCAAUUACAACGCGCUUCAGGUGCAUCUGAUUAACCUGACGCAACAUCAUGAUCAGAAAAACAAUGCCCUGGACGACAAGGUAACGGGGCCUAGACAAUUCAUGGACCUGGGCUUGGCUGCGGCUGCUUCCGCGGCCCAAACCGACGAGACCUCGUCGGAGGGACGACGUGGGGCCCGGUCGCGAUCGCCGGUGAAUUGCGACGACGGGAGGGACGAGAGUCCCGAUAACGGGUCGGACCAGGGAGGUCCGAGUAAGGACCCGAAGUUGAUUGACUCGGCUGCUGCUGAGGCUACCAUGAGGAAAGCCCGAGUAUCGGUCCGAGCGCGAUCGGAGGCGCCUAUGAUAUCUGAUGGAUGCCAGUGGAGAAAAUACGGGCAAAAAAUGGCGAAGGGAAACCCGUGCCCUCGGGCUUAUUAUCGUUGCACCAUGGCCGCCGGAUGCCCUGUUCGGAAGCAAGUACAAAGAUGUGCAGAAGACAGAACCAUCCUAAUCACUACCUACGAAGGCAAUCACAACCAUCCACUGCCACCGGCCGCCGUGGCAAUGGCAUCGACAACCUCAUCGGCGGCAAGGAUGUUACUCUCGGGAUCCAUGCCGAGCGCUGACAACGGUCUCAUGAACCCUAGCUUCCUAGCAAGAACACUGCUCCCAUGUUCAUCAACCAUGGCUAGCAUUUCGGCUUCGGCCCCAUUUCCCACCGUCACAUUAGACCUUACCCAAAAUCCAAACAACCCUUUGCAGCUCCAAAGACCAUCAAACCAAUUCCACCUCCCCUUCCCAAACCAACCAGCUCAACCGUUAUUUGGACAACCACUUUAUAACCAAUCAAAAUUUUCUGGCCUCCAAAUGUCCCCAAACGUUAGCCAGUUGGGCCAACAAGUACCGCCGCCACCACAAGAGCCGCCAGCGCAGGGCUCAUUGGCUGACACCGUGAAUGCCCUUACCACGGACCCGAACUUCACUGCCGCGUUAGCAGCCGCCAUCACUUCCAUAAUGGGUGCAGGCAACGGUGGUAAUCCGAACAGUGCCAGUGACAACAAUUCUAGUGGUGCGACCACCGGCCACCAACAGCAACGACAACAAUAUUAAAGUCGACAGUUCUAAAUUUUCCGGUGAAAAUAAGGGUGAAUUUCGGUAUUAUCUUCGUUACUUUUUUUGUUUCAAUCCUUACAAUAUUUGGGUGAAAACGGUAUACAAAUUGAGAGGGGGAGGUUACAGACUCAAUACAGUUUUUGUUACUACAUUUUUUUUUUUCAGGUUUGAAUAAUGUUAUCUAAAUUUCCAGUCUAUAUAGUCAAGAGACGUGGUAAAAGGAAAAGGUGCAUAUUAAAUUGCUUUCUUGGUACGGAUUUUGGCUUUGAUUUC